CUGUGUUUUGUUGAUGUCAGACAAGCCAAGGGGAGUCAAUCAUGGCUGCUUCCUUGUUACGGUGGCUAAAAAGAUUGUACGCUUUCUUGUUGAUAUGCCCCCUCUGUAUUCCAGCCUUCUUGAAUUUAGAGGAGCUGAAUGAGAUGAAAUAUGGGAUUCAAAUUCUCCCAGAUCCCGUCAUGUUGGGGCAGACCAAGACAGAGGAGGUUAUGAUGGUGUCCAGUAAGUACAAGCAGCUGUAUGAGUGUCGACUUCCAGCCCAGGCCGUCCGGUUUCAUCAGGACCCUGCCUCUGAGCCUGACUCACAAGGGUACACCGGGCCUGACAUCCCAGACCUACUCAGUCCAAUGCACAAUGCUCAGUGUCUAGUGAAGACGAAGGACUGGUGGACAUAUGAGUUCUGCCACGGUCAGCAUAUCAGACAGUACCACCUUGAAGACACAGAAAUCAAAGGGGACAUUCUCUUCCUAGGUUAUUAUGAAUCUGAAUUUGAUUGGAGCAACGAAACAGCAAAGGCCUCAAAACAGCACAGGCUAAAGCGCUACCACAGUCAGACCUAUGUAAAUGGCUCAAAGUGUGACCUAAAUGGAAAUCCCAGAGAGACUGAAGUCCGGUUUGUGUGUGAAGAAGGCUCCGGUGACUACAUCGUCCGAGUGGAUGAGCCUCAGUCGUGCCGCUAUGUGCUGACAGUUCACACCAGUCGCACCUGCCAGCAUCCAUUCUUGCGGCCACCAUCCACUGCCAAGCCCCAGGGUAUCGUGUGCCAGCCAGCACUAAGUGCCCAACAGUACAUGGAUUACGUCAAGGCUCAAGUCUCGGAUACAAAGCGUAAAGUAGAGCAGAUCUCAGAGGAACUGAGGAGUCUUGAUGAGAUGUUGGCUGGCAACGAAGGGGCAGAUGGAGCAGUGGAAGUAACAGCAGAAGAGACAUCACCUGCACCCAGUGAUGACCUGAACCAGUCAGACACAAAAGAUACUGCUGAAGUAUUUGAGGGUGCCGGGUCAGAGGAGGCAGAAGAUUCUGACUUCUGGGAGGGAGUUACACAGCCAAGGAGUUCAAAAACAACUGCUUCUCAAUCGGAGAAUCAGGAAGCAGAUGAUCGCUAUAACUCACUUACAGACAAUGAAGCCAUAGAUGAUGGUGAUGAAGUUGAAAAAUUCAACUUUAAAAUCAUCACUGACCCAGCAGACCUGAUGAAAUUUGUCCAACAUCUCAAAGAGAGUAACAGGAAGAAAGCACAAAAGCAAGCCAAAAGUCAGGGAGAGAAACCGGCAGACAACAGGGUAACGGAGAAGCCCGUCGAGGAAGAUGAAGAUGAGCGCCUGCUACAGGAGUUUGAGGAUGAGAUGGCCGACCUCUCAGUGCCCUCUGAUAAGAUUGCCCAGCAGGAAUUAGAGACAGAAGGUCUGAAAGGGGAGUUUGAUCGCACUCAAGCAACACAGACACUGGGGACUACGCUGGACAAACUCCUUGAUCAUUUGGAGGAGAAAGACGUCCAGGACCCAGAGCAGCAAACAGCAGGAGUUCAAAGAGCCAAUGACCCCACCAGGGGGAGCCCCAGCCUGGCUCCUAAGCAGCCAGACCAAGCGACUGACGACCAUGUUAAGAUCAAAAUUACUAAGUAUAAGACGGGCGGCAGCCCUGAUGGGGAGGUCAAAGUUCAGGAGAUGGGCGAAGGAGACCCCCAGUGGCAGCACAUAAAGGACGUGGUUAAAGAACAGCUAGAGAAAGCAGGACUGAAGGCGGAAGGUAAAAUUGAGGUCAAGAUCUUGACGCGAAAAAAUGCAGAGGAGGCAGGUGAUCAGUGGCUGACUGAAGAAGAUACAAAGUCCUUCAGGGAGCUCCUCAUAAAUCUCCUGACUGGAGGCACAGAAGAGGUUUACAAAGAGCAAAAGAGGCAGCAGGACUUGGAGAACAACUAUAGGUUUGUGUGGGGAGAGUCUCAGGAGGAGUCGCAGUCAUCCAGCGCCUCUGACUCAGAUGACGUGGACAUAUGAGCUCAUUCAGUACAUUCAGUGCACCUUUUGUAACGGUGAACUCCUGUGAAAACCAGCAGGGAGGGGGACUCUGAAGUGCAGCCGCAAAUUUGAAAUAGAGCCCCAGUGUUUCAAUUACUGCUAUUAAACCUGGCAGAUAAUGUCAACUCAUCUGUUUGCACAUGCAGAAAACGUGUCCGUGUGUCUAUGUGUCUGUACUAGGCACCAGUUAUAUGUUGCACGAUGAAACCGCAACGUCUCAGCUGUACUUGUGCAGUUGAAGGAAGUUAUGCAUUGUCCCUUUUGAUGGGAUCCAGUUUUGAUAGAUGGUGAUGUACCUUUUUUUUUUUUUUUUUUUUUCUUCAUAAAUAUGUCAGUGAAUUUUACUGAAUAUUUGCAUCUAGUUCUGAAGUUGUCAGCAGCACACUGUGGCCACAGUUGAAUUAUUACAUUUGUCUUAUAUGUCUUAUAUGCUAUACACAAGUCACUUAAAGUACCUUUAAGUGAAUUGUGCAUGCCUCAACAAACCGGAGGAGUGUUUGCACAGGUUGUUCAAUUUAAUGUUUACUGAACAGUGGGAUUGUGUAUGGAUUUGAAGAAAUAAAAGAAAACUUCCUACAGGUUCAAAUUUCAGUUCCCACUUGUCUUUGACACUUUCUGUUGCUGCAUUUGGUGAUUAGAUUAAACAACUGUAGAUUGCAGAAGUGUUUGUUCACAUGCUGUGACACUUUAUAUCUUUAGUAAAAGGUUUUGUAAACUCAGAAUUUAAAACAGAAAAUUCACAAAAAUGUGUGUUUCUUUUUGGUUGUCAUGUGCUGGUAAAGGGAUUUAAAAGAAAAACCCUAAACAGAGUGCAGGAAGAUACAUCUUUUAAGUGUGUACUUUAAUUUCUGACAAGAAUUUAAUUUACCUUCAUUCAGUAAAGGAAAACAAAGAACACAAUAUUCGAUUCAGUGAACUUUUCUAAGGAUCCUACAGAGGUGUACUUAAGGGCUGGUUUGUAUAAUUUAUGAGUAAUUGUGACUACUUGGAACACAUGUACAUGAUUAUUGCGUGAGUAUAUUUUGGAUUUGUUGUAUAUUGGCACAAAUUAAGUGGGACUUCAGUUACCUGAGUAAAUGUAUUCAGAUGUGUGACUGUGCAAUCUUGUAUAUGAAACUUAAUUUCACUGUGGAAAUAAGUUGUAUACAAACUUUUUCAGACACACGAUUGAGGCAUGUCUUCAUAAAUAAGAUAGUGUCUAGAUGCUCAAGAUCAGAUAAGAGUAACUAGACAAAAGCGUCAGGGUGUGUGUUGAUGUGGUUAUUGACUUUAAUGGAUUUGUCUUCCAAAUAAUUUCGAUUGCUCUUUCUUGUUAUGCAGCCUUAAUGCUUUUAUCUGAUCUUGGGAAAAGACUGUUUAUUACUGUAUUCUUGAAUGGGGCUAUAUUACUGCAUUAAGAACACCAUAUUGGUUUCAUAGUCUGACUAAAGUCCAUCUGUGCUGCCUUGUAAAUAAAGUUCUUUUGCAAUAAAAAAAAAUACCAUACAAGUCCCCUGGA